AUGGCGAGAGCCGAUGAGGUGCGGUGCUUGGAGCCUCGGGUUGGGGCUGCAGGGCCCGGGGCUCACUCGGCCCUCACGCUGGCUGGGGGUGGACUAGAUGCCCCUUGGGGGUGCCUCUACGAUUCUCUGAUCCCGCACGCCGGACCGGGAGGAGAAGCGGGAGGGCCGCCGGCCUGGGCCUGCGCGCCAGACGACUCCCCGCCGCCAGGCACCUGCGGCUUGGAGCCGGGGCAGCAGCCAGCCGAGCGCGGCGGGCCCUGGCCAGGGCGGGCAGGGGCAGAGGCCGAGGGGAGGGGAGCGCUUCCCUCCGCCCGCCGCCUGGCCAGGCAAACAGCACCUGUGUCAACAGCGCCCGGGCGGGCGCCCCGGUGCCCCGAGCAAACACGGCGUGCCUCUCGGGGCCGGCCGCUGCCGGGAGACGCGCCGAGGGAGGCGGCGCGAAGGGGCGGGCCGGGCCGGGCCGGGCAGGGGCUGGGCGCCGGCUCGGAGGCCCCGCAGGCGGCGAGCGAGAGCGGCUCUUGCGCCCCCGCCAAGGGGCGGCCGUCCGGCGGCGAGCGCGGCGUGGGCCGAGCCGGAGCCCCCGCGCCGUCGAGGCGGCCCGGCGGCCGGCAGGGGGCGCCCGGCGGCUGGGCGGCGGCGCGGGGCGGCCGCAGUCGGGGCGGCCGGGCGAGCGGCGGGGCUGCGGCAGGGCUCCGGGAGGCUCCGCCGCCUCUUCCUCCUCCUCUCCGGCGAGGCGCGGGGACGGGCGCGCAGCCCUCGGCCGGGAUGGAGGCGCCGCGGCCGCUCAACGAGUCGCUGCUCUGCAGCCCCGGCAACGGCUCGGCCGGCGGCGCCUGGAACGGAACCGGCGCCGGCUGCGACGCGGCCCGGAGACCCCCGCGCGGCUCCCGAGACCUGGACGUGACCGUGCGGCUCCUCCUCUAUUCGAUCAUUUUCCUGCUUGGCGUUUUCGGGAACACGCUCGUCAUCGCCGUGCUAGUCAGGAACAAGCGGCUGCGCACCGUCACCAACUCUUUCCUGCUCUCGCUGUCCCUCAGUGACCUGCUGGUGGCGCUCUUCUGCAUCCCCUUCACCUUCAUUCCCAACGUGAUGGGGACGUUCAUCUUCGGGAAGGUCGUCUGCAAGGCCGUGGCCUACUUCAUGGGCAUGUCUGUCAGCGUCUCCACCUUCAGCUUGGUUGCCAUCGCCAUCGAGCGCUACAACGCCAUUUGCAAGCCGCUGCAGUCCCGCGUGUGGCAGACGCGCUCACACGCCUACCGGGUCAUCGUGGCCACGUGGUUGCUCUCGGCUCUGCUCAUGCUGCCUUACCCGGUCUAUACCACCACCAUCUCUCAGGCCACUCAUCCCGGCAUUUACCAGUGCCACCACAACUGGCCGGGGAACUAUGCCAAGCAGGCCUGGUCGGUGAUACUCCUGGUGGUGCUCUUCCUUAUCCCAGGGCUGGUGAUGAUUGUGGCUUACGGGCUGAUCUCCUGGGAACUCUACCGUGGCAUGCAGUUUGAGAUGGACCUCACUCGUGAAGCCAGAGCUCAGCAGAACGGUGACCCGCGGGCGCUGGCCCCUUGCGACGAGGGCGACGGCUGCUACAUCCAGGUGUCGCGGUCCGCAGGAGGCGCUGUGGAGUUGUCAGUCCUGACCUCUGAAGACCACACCAAGGAAGAGCAGGCCAGGGUCAACCGCUCGGAGGCCAAGCUGCAGGCCAAGAAGCACGUCAUCCGCAUGCUGGUUGUGGUUGUGCUCCUGUUCUUCGUGUGCUGGCUGCCCAUCUACGUGGUCAACACGUGGCGGGCCUUUGCCCCCGACGCCGCCUACCGGGCCCUCUCGGGUGCACCCAUCUCCUUCAUCCACUUGCUGUCGUACAUCUCCACCUGCGUCAACCCCUUCAUCUACUGUUUCAUGAACAAGCGCUUCCGCAAGGCCUUGGCCGCCACGUGUGCCUGCUGUGUGGUGCCCUGCCGGCCUCGGCCCCGCCCUCCAGAUGACGAGGUCACUGCCACGGGCGCCUCUCUCUCCAAGUUCAGCUACACCACCGUCAGCAGCCUCGGGCCCCCCUGACCCACAGCCCAGUUUUUCUGUGCCCCCACCUUCAUUGGCAGGGAGCAGGGGAGAGCCUCGCGUCCCACCCUGGGCUUCUGCCUCCCCACCCCCUUUGGGUCUCCUUUGAGGUCCCUGUGCC